GUAGACACUCAGCCAGUGUAUCGUCGGUUGGGCAAGAAAUGGAGCAUCAAGCAGAUAUGCGCAUAGGCAGGUAGGAUAUAUAUCUGAACCAAUUCCAACAUCACAUCAUGUUCAAGUCCAUCAUCAUUACCAUCACCAUCGCUUCUCAGCAACAACCCUCACUCCUUGUGGUUGAUUGUUUCCCUCCUCUCCCCCUUCUUGAUUUUCUCUCCCUAUCGCUCUCUUUCUCGUCCAUCCUUUUCCACAAUGUUGUCUUCCUUGGCAUUGGCCGCCUCCAUGGCAGGCUUGGCCAUUGCAAGCCCCUUCGACUCUUCACUCCUAGCUCGGGCAGUGUGUGAUGGUAACACAGCUUCCACUCGCUCUCAAUGGUGUGAUUACGACCUCACUACCGACUGGUACAACGAGGUGCCUGAUACUGGCGUGACUCGGGAGUACUGGCUUGACUUAUCAGACACGACUGUCUCCCCCGAUGGCGUUUCACGAUAUGCUAUGGCCAUAAACGGAUCCAUUCCCGGGCCAACUCUGAUUGGAGACUGGGGAGACUACUUCAAGAUCCAUGUCACGAACUCACUCACUCAGAGCACAAACGGAACAUCGAUCCACUUUCAUGGCAUGAGACAAAACUACACAGUCCAGAACGACGGUGUCGUCUCUGUCACUCAGUGCCCCGUUGCACCAGGAUCAUCUAUCACCUAUGAGUGGAGGGCCACUCAGUACGGAUCGUCAUGGUACCACUCUCACUUCGCUCUGCAAGCAUGGCAGGGUGUGUUUGGUGGCAUCAUCAUCAACGGCCCUGCCAGCGCCAACUACGACCAAGAUCUCGGCCACAUGUUCCUUAACGACUGGGAUCAUCAGACUGUUGACGAGCUUUACAUAUCUGCCGAGACAAGCGGUCCUCCUACUCUCGACACUGGCCUUCUAAACGGCACCAACGUCUACGGAAAUGACGGUGAUGCCGACCAAACUGGUCACCGCUGGAACACUACCCUGACUGAGGGAACCACCUACCGGUUGCGACUGGUCAACGCCGCUGUUGACACCCACUGGAAGUUUUCCAUUGACAACCACACUAUCGGUGUCAUGGCUAUGGAUCUUGUCCCCAUUGUGCCCUACAACACCACCACUCUGAGCAUCGGUAUGGGUCAGCGAUAUGAUAUCAUCAUCUACACGGAGGGUAUGACCGAUAUCGCCACCGAUUUCUGGAUGCGCGCCAUUCCCCAGACCGCCUGCUCCGACAAUGCCAACGCCGACAACAUCAAGGGAAUAAUCUCAUACGGCACCACGGUCUCCACCCCAACCACCACCGCCUACCACUACACUGACUCUUGCGACGACGAGGACGUCUCCACACUUGUCCCUUACCUUCCCAAGACCGUCGGCGGCUCAAGCUGGGAUAUCGACGAGCCCGCAAAGGUGUCCUUCAACGAUGAGGGCUUUUACAAGUGGUAUCUCAACUCCACCUCCAUGGCGGUCGAGUGGGCAGACCCGACCCUGGGCCAGAUUUACAACGGCACAACAACCUGGGACUCCAGCGACGCCGUCGUGACGCUCGACAAAGCGGACCAGUGGGCCUACGUGGUCAUUUCGACGACAAUGGCCGUCCCCCACCCGAUCCACCUGCACGGAUUCGACUUCUUCGUCCUGGCGCAGGGUGCCGGCACCUACACCUCGGGUAGCACCGCGCUCAACCUGAACAACCCUCCCCGCCGUGACACGGCCAUGCUGCCAUCGAGCGGAUAUCUCGUCCUCGCGUUCGAGACGGACAACCCGGGCGCAUGGCUAAUGCACUGCCACAUAGGGUGGCAUACUUCGGAGGGCUUUGCGAUGCAGUGGGUCGUCCGCCAGGAUGAGAUCACUGACCUCGUUGACUAUGCGAGCCUCGAGAGCACUUGCAAUGCCUGGGACACACACGCUGCCACAUACUCUGUCGCCGAGGAUGACUCUGGUGUGUAA